AUGACUAGCAACAUGCAGGAAUAUGCAGUUAGAAAUAACUCCUACACAGACUUCAUCCUAACUGGCUUCUCAGGACCAAAAGAAUGGAGGCAACUUCUCUUCAUCCCGUUUUUCCUCAUGUUCUUCAUAUCUGUCGCCGCAAACUCUGCCCUUAUGUGUGUUAUUGGAUCACACAGGACUUUACAUUCUCCAAUGUAUCUGCUAAUAUCUGCGUUGGCCUUUGUUGACCUCAGUGUUAUGAUCUUCUGCGUUCCGAGCAUGCUCUUAAGCCUUCUGCUCAACUGGAACCAUAUAUCUCUGUUGGGUUGCCUGGUUCAAAUGUUCUUUGUUCACAUAGCUGGAGCCUUCCAGUCUACCAUUUUGCUGUGGAUGGCACUGGAUCGAUACUUUGCCAUCUGCACUCCACUUCAUUACAAUGAACACAUGGCUUUUUCUGCUUUCCUGAAGUUUUUCAUUGUUCCUGUGCUGAGGAACACAAUUUUGAUUUCAGCAGUUGUAGGCCUGGCUGGCACCCUGCCAUACUGUCAGUCCAAUGAGAUUGACCACUGUUAUUGUGAGCACAUGGCACUGGUCACGCUGGCCUGUGGUCCCAUAUAUGUCAACAAUGCUGUAGGACUGAUUACAGCUUUCUGCAUCCCAGCAGUUGACUUCAUUUUAAUUAUCACCUCAUAUGUCAAAAUAUUUGUCUCUGUUUUCAAGUCAGGCAAGUCCAGCCAGAAAGCUCUGAGCACCUGCAUCACUCAUAUUAUUGUCAUAAGUAUGAGUUUAUUUUUUGCCUUAACAUCAUUUCUUUCAUACAGGAUAAAGAAUACCAUUUCACCUAAUAGUCGCACUGCAAUAAGUAUUACAUAUUUGCUUGUACCUGGCUGUUUUAACCCUAUUAUUUAUGGUAUCAGAACAAAAGAAAUAAGGCAACAAGUUAUGAAAAAAAUCGUAAAUGUGAAAAAAAUCAUACCACAACAUUAA